AUGGAUUUAGAUCUCAGGACUUCAUUUCUCUGUGAACCAUGUGGGGAUGACUAUAGGUCAGAAAAUGUGGUCUUUACCCCCAGCCAAAGACCUGCUCUCCAAAAGGCAGACGGGGGCCCUGGGUUCCAGAACACUCAGCUCAGCUCAUUUCAGAACAGCAAUAAAAUGUGUGCAAGGCAGGAACUGCAAAGAAUUUAUAAGUCAUUUCACUCAUGGCUGCAACCAGAAAAACACAGCAAGGAUGAAAUUAUUUUUCAAGUGGUCCUGGAACAAUUUAUGAUCAAUAGGCAUUGUAGUGACAGAUCCAUGUUGAAGGAGAAAUGGGAAACAAGUGGCAAAAACCUGGAGUCAUUCAUGGAAUGUCUGAGUGAUGAUUGCAUGAAGUCUCCUGGCUUGGUACACGUCCACAUGCAGGGACAGGAAGCCCUCUUUUCUGAGAAUAUGCCCUUAAGAGAAGUCAUUGUUCAUUUAACAAAACAGUUGGCAGCAAGAACCCCAACAGUGGCAAACAUGGGGACACCCUUCUGGACUUCCCACAAUGCUUCUCUGCAAACAGGACAAGGAGAUGAGGAUAAAGAAAAUGGUGGCAACAUUUUGAAAACUACUGAAGUAAAUGACAAUAUUACUGGUCAAGGCUAUCAAACACCACCCCUGCUCAUUAUCCAGGAAGAGAACUAUUUUGGGCCUGGAGGGGGAGAUGUUUCUUUAGAGAAUUCACUCAGCUACAGAAGAGUAAGUCUAAGCCCCUCUAGGUCCCAGGAAGGGUCCCCAAAAGGACCUUGUAAUCAAGAUGUCCUCAUGGAGGUGAGACCGGCAUUCCUCUCCAGGCUGCACCAGGUCACCCCUGAGCCUGAUCCUACCCAUCAGAACAAUGCUGGAAGCUCUAGACGUGGGAGACGCCAAAGAAGAUUCCACAGAGCCCGAAGAUCAUACCAAUGUGACAAGUGUUCCCAGAUCUUUAGGCAUUUCUCUCAGUUAAGAGUCCAUCAGAGAAGACACAAUAACGAGAGGACAUUUAUUUGUGCCGUGUGUAACAAAGGCUUUGUCCAAGCCUCAGACCUAAAAGUGCAUCAGAAGAUUCAUGCAGAAGAGAAGCCUUUCAGGUGCAGUACCUGUGGUAGGCCCUUCAGCCACAGAACCAACCUUCUGGCUCAUGAGAGAAUCCACACGGGAGAGAAGCCCUAUGUGUGUUCUGUGUGCCAGAGAUGCUUCCGCCAGUCAUCCACCUACCACCGCCACCUGAGGAUGCACCAGAGAAAUGCCUUCAGACGUGUUUCCUCCACAUUUGAAGCUUCCUCUGGGUAA